AUGGGCACCCACGAAGUCGAGUACGACAUCAUUGAUUCAGCCGGAAGCAAGUAUGGCACCGUGCCGGUGACACGAGUAACCAAGGCUCGAGGCACUGCUAUUUUUGUGACUGGCUCCUCAGUUAAGCGGUUGAUAGUUCACUUUAUGAACUGGGGGAUAAAUCCCGACCCCUUAUCCAACCCCGAGACCUGCCUCAAAACCCCUCGCCCCAAUGCAAAGCCUCAGGUGCGCAUCACAAUUGCCUACCGCAAUGGACAGAGGCGCGAUGCUCGAGACGAGGCAAACUUCUUCUUGCCCCAGCCACCAGACGAAUGGGUUCAGCCUUGCCAAGCUGUUUUCCCAACCCUUCUCCGCUGGGCAGUCCAGACCGGAGCAGUUGAAGCAAGUUCUUUGGCUGAACUAAGGAGAACCAUUUCCGCACCUUCUUUUACCCACAUCGAGUGGACUCAUCCCAACAGACCUGUCCUUUGCGCGAUCGACCAAGAUGACGAACUUCAAUACGACUCCCCCGCUCAGGUUCAUCACCUUGAGAGCUAUGUUAGGGCAAUCACGGCAGAUGUUCCUGCGCUGCACGACAUGAAAUGCAGUGCCCUUCGCUGGGGCGCGAUCUACGAGGCAUGGGAGAUGGGACGUAAGGAUGCUGCGUUGGCCAUGUUGGAUGAAUGUGGUAUGCUGGGCGGCUCGCCAUGA